UCCACGGUGCUCUCUCGAUACGUCGGGAAACAUGGGGCUACUCCACAUCGACAUCAACAUUGUGUAACCGGAAAUCAAAAGACUGCCUGCAAUGUAUUCGCUCAAGGUUGAUCCAGUGACGCUUUGUGUGUUCUACUUCCUUCUGGCACUCGUGAAUUCAAGCUACUCAAGUCCAAAACUGACACUGCCGGGUGCUGCUUUAGAAAUCCGUGAGCAGGCUCUCGCUCAAAAAGGUGCUCAUAGACCUCCUGAACUUUUGGUUCUCGCGCCAGAUGACGAUGCAUUCCCCUACUCCCUGCACAAGGUAGUACCAGCCGUCCUUGUGGCUGUUGAAUCUCUGAAGCGCUCAAAGAACCUCACGCUUGUUGUCAACUACAACAGCACUAACUGUUCAUCGUCGCAUGGGCCACUGCUCGCGUUCGACCACUACAUCGCUGGGAAAGUGGAUGUUUUCUUCGGACCAACUUGCUCGUAUGUUCUCGCACCGGUCGCACGGUACAGUUCGGAAUGGGACCUUCCUGUACUGACGUCUUCUGGUCAGAACGAUAACUUCGACGUGAAGCAUACCAACUAUCGCCUUUUGACUCGAAUGAACGGGUCAUUCUCUCAAGUGGGGCAGCUCUUUCUAGAGACGCUACGUCGUUUCGGAUGGCAAGUGGUGGCCCUUCUGUACCACGAGUUCCGUGACAGGGCCAAGGGACACUCCGACUGUUUCUUCAACCUGGCCGCUGUGUUCACUGCGCUUGGUGGAGGACGGAGGUUCCAUCAGAAUUUUGAUGAAGAGGACCCGAACCAGGACUUCGAUAUGCUCCUGCAACAGGUGGCACUGAACGCGAGAAUUGUCGUCAUCUGCGCAUCUCCAGACACAGUACGUGAAAUCAUGCUCACUGCUGCUAAGCGGGGAAUGGACAAUGGGGACUUCGUGUUUUUUUCUGUGGAGCUAUUUACAACUCGGAAUGCUAGCAACACCAAGCCAUGGUACCGUGAGUGGGACACGAACGACAGGAACAAACGGGCCCGCAAGGCGUACGAGGCGCUUCUUGUUGUCCAAACGCGGAUUCCAGAAACACCGGAAUUCGGAAAGUUCAAGACGGCCCUGAGGGAAACUGCUCGGAGGGUGUUCGACUUCGAAUACAGCACCGACGAGGUCAAUCCGUUUGUGUCGGCAUUUCACGAGGCUGUCAUCCUUUACUCUCUCGCCAUCAAUGAGACCAUCAGCGAAGGAAUGUCCAUCACCAAUGGGACCCAUAUCGCUCAGAAGAUGUGGAAUCGAACUUUCGAAGGUAUUACCGGAGCUGUACGAGUCAACGAGAAAGGUGACCGGGAUCUGGAUUACUCUAUACUGGACAUGAAUCCUGAAACAGGACACUUUCACGUAGUGGCGAAUUUCUUUGGAGUGCGUCACGAAUUCGUCGAUGUACCCAAUAUGACAAUCCACUGGGCAGGAGGAAGGACAUCGCCUCCCUCCGAUGUGCCACUUUGCGGAUUCGAUGGUUCAAAGUGCACUGACGAGAGCCAGAGGAAGUACAUCAUCAUCACAUCUGUGCUAGCAACCCUCAUGAUCGGUGUGUGCCUUGCUUCGUUCUUCGUUUACAGGCACUUCAAACUAGAAGCUGAAUUGGCAUCAAUGACAUGGAAAGUCCGUUGGGAGGAUAUAAAUCAAAACAUUUCCCGAAGACAAAAAGGAUUUGGUUCUCGCAUGAGCAUCACGAGGACGAGUAGCAGCACGUCCUCCGAAACCCUGGAUCUCAGAAAUGAGAAGCAGCUGUUUAUCCGGACCGGGUACUACAAGGACGGCCUGGUGGCGAUUAAGCCGCUGAAUAAAGCUAGGAUUGAUAUUACUCGCUCUCUUCUUCUGGAACUGAAAUAUAUGAAAGACUUGCAGCACGACCAUAUUGUGCGAUUUAUCGGAGCUUGCAUUGAACCUCCUCACUGUUGCCUGGUGAAAGAGUAUUGUCCAAGGGGAAGCUUACAGGAUAUCCUUGAGAACGACGAAAUAAAGUUGGACUGGAUGUUCAGGUACUCGCUGAUGCAUGACGUAGUCAAGGGCAUGGCAUACCUCCACAACAGCGAGAUCCACAGCCACGGAAAUCUCAAGUCUUCAAACUGUGUCGUCGACAGUCGCUUCGUGCUCAAGAUAACGGACUUUGGACUGCACAAUCUCAGGUCAUUCGACGAAAAUGAGAAUGAAGAUACUUAUUCCUACUGGAGGGGAAAACUAUGGACAUCCCCCGAAUUACUGCGUGCUCAACAUCCCCCCGUGAAUGGGACACAGAAGGGAGAUGUGUAUUCAUUCGCCGUCAUCGCUCACGAAAUUGUCGUUCGUCAAGGCGUAUUCUAUCUAGGAAACAUCGACAUCAGUCCAAAAGAAAUCGUGGAACAGGUGGUGUCGUGCACGAAGCCAUUAUUUCGUCCCGUAUUCGAUGAGAUUGAUUGCCCGGAUACAGUGAAAGGCUUGAUUAGAAAGUGUUGGUCGGAAGAUCCGGCGGAGAGGCCAGAUUUUCAGGCUCUCAAACAGUUGAUCCGGAAGUUUAACAAAGAGUCAGAGAGUGGUAAUAUCCUAGACAAUCUCCUGUCAAGGAUGGAACAGUACGCGAACAAUCUGGAAUCGCUGGUGGAGGAGAGAACAGCAGAUUACUUAGAGGAGAAACGCAAGGCUGAAGAUCUUCUCUAUCAACUUUUACCCAAGUCUGUCGCGAGUCAACUGAUCAAGGGUCAAGGUGUGCGGGCAGAAUCAUUUGACGUCGUCACUAUUUACUUCAGCGAUAUCGUUGGGUUCACCUCCUUAUCAGCCCAGAGUACGCCAAUGCAGGUAGUGGAUUUCCUGAAUGACCUCUACACUUGUUUCGACUCCAUAAUUGAAGGGUUCGACGUCUACAAGGUCGAAACUAUUGGAGACGCAUACAUGGUAGUGUCCGGACUCCCUGUACGCAACGGGAUAAUGAAUGCACGUGAGAUCGCGCGCAUGUCCCUUGCGCUUCUGAAACAAGUAAUGUCUUUCAAGAUCCGUCACCGGCCGGGGGAACAGCUGAACCUUCGAAUUGGUAUACACACAGGAGCUUGUGCUGCGGGUGUUGUUGGGCUCAAGAUGCCUCGGUACUGUCUUUUCGGGGAUACGGUCAAUACUGCUUCGAGGAUGGAAUCCAAUGGAUUACCUCUGAAGAUACACGUCAGUUCUUCGACGAAAGAGGUUCUCGACACGUUCAAGACAUUCCAACUCGAGCUAAGAGGAGAAGUUGAGAUGAAGGGAAAAGGCAAGCAGGUGACGUACUGGUUGCUAGGAGAACAGGAAGCCACAUCUGGUGGAACACCAUCACCGUCUGCGCCGAACCACGUGGACGGACGAAAAGAGACCAAAAUAUGACUGGAAGAAGCGACUCAAAGAUGACAUCGCUGGAUGUGGCACCCUCACGCGGAUGCGUCUCGAGCGCACGACAUAUGAACGCUCACUGGUGAAACCGCUUGUUCUCCACACCCUUGCUGUGACGCUAACCAGGCCCUCUGGUUGACUAAUAAUUUAACAGAAAACAGACUGCCAGCCAAUCCCAAUAUGUGUGUAAGCCAGAAAUGCAGAGUGACUGUCCUGAAGUAGGGCCUCUGCACAUAAUGUGCGCCAGUAGAACACACGACAGGGUCGUCCUUCUUGGACCGAAAUGAUUAUCACCGCUGCAGGUAAAAUGAGAUAUCGCACUCUACCUAACUGUGGUAUCUGUGAAAACCGAUAUUGCGCCCGCAAAGAAUAUUGAUUGCACGAGGUACAUUAGGCAAGGUGUCUACUCUCUGUUCCCUCUUCUCGCUUUGACGAAAAAUUUAUGUCAACUGUGGACAUGCUAUGAGCCCAUUCUGGUACAAAUGAUCGAAUUAUCCUAACUGGUAUAACUGCUAGCUACGAGUGUUCUUAAACCGUUUUAACCUUCUAGAAAACGUCGAGUAAGCACAGAAAAAAAUGCUCUAGGGUAUACUCAAGGCCUCUAAGGUCAACCUCAUUCCAAUGUGAGGGUGCAAAUGCUUUGUAGACGCACAUUGUUUCAGUAACCAUGUCAAAAAAAAUUAAUAAAGUAUGCAGCGCAUGGUUAUGAGGUCAACGGUAGGUUGGUAGGUUCAUGGUAGGUUUCUGCCACACGUUGUGGUAGUUAGCACACAUGCCACGCAUUAAUUAAUCUCAUUUUGCUAUUCAAAUAAAAAAUUAGCCAAGUGAAGAUGGCGUUUUGCUAAAUGAAUUCGAUAGCCUAUGGCCACAAUACACAAUCCCGACAUAAAACAUUAAACAUAUCCCCCCCCCCCAACAAAAAUGAGGAAGUUUCUCAUCAGGUUUCUACAAAAAUUUGGAAGCCGAAAAUUCCUCGCUCGCCUGGGCGCGCUCGCUGAUAUUUGCCGGUGUGGGGCAGUUUGCUUCUCCCAAGAGCCCUCCCCCCAGUGCAAGAACAAAACAAUUGCCACGCUGCAAUCACAUUUUUGUCCCUAUCAAUAUGUCGUGUCAUCAGCCAGCAGUCACUGAUAUGACGGGUUGCGCGAUAAGGCUUUCGAUGAUAAUACAGCACCCUGUCACUCUCUCCACUUCGCCUCGAUUCAUGCGGAGUCAGCAGUUCCUGAAUUUUGAAUUUCAGCAAACGGCAACUGACGGAUGUUCGUCUGCUAAAUUUUUGUAGAAACCUGAUGAGAAACUUCCUGAACUUUGUUGCAAUUGUGUAUUGUGGCCAUAGGCUAUCGAGUUCGUGAAGAAAAACGCUACCUUUACUUCGCAAAUGUUCCAUUUCAAUUAGUAAAAUUAACUUAAUUAAUG